AUGAUCAACUACCGCGGUGCUGGUCCGGAGGUGAUUGUUGAGGAGGCUCAAAUCAUCGAUCUUGAAAACGCAGCUUAUCUCCCUAAAGGGAGGUGCAUUAAAGGAAUGUUAGCUGGCAAUGAUAGCUGGCGCAGUCCGGAGGGCCGCUUCAAGGGCGAGCUUAACAAGCCUUCUGACAUCUUCUCCUUCGCAGCCUGCAUCUAUGAUAUGCUCAAACAAGUCAUCUUCGGAGCCGAUGAGGAUUUGCACAGACACGAAUCACAGGGUGCAUACCCUCACGUCAUUCGCUUGUAA